AUGCAAACCACCACUCAUCCCAGCAAGAAGCGCCCCAUGGACGCGUCCGAACCUCCAUCCGCAAAGCCCAAGAAAGCCAGGCAGCUUGAGCCCACCGCGGCACUCUGCACCCUUCCACCGGAGAUAGUAGGCACAAUAGCAUCCAACCUGGACGUCAAGGCCUUGAAGUCCCUGAGACUUGCGAACCACUACCUCCACGACAGCACGUACCACCACUUCGGAGCCGCCGUGUACUUCACCCAAACCACUGAUCUUACGUCCGGCUCACUAAUCGACCUCGACGAGCUGAGCAAGGACACCCGUCUAUCCCACCACGUCAAACAGCUGACGCUUACUUUCAAUCCUAACCAUCGCAUCCACCAUUUUGGAACGGGCACUGAAUGGCGUCGCGUCGCGCCAAGGGCAGGUCGAAGGAAGUGUGAAGCCCCGCUUGUGAGCGACCAGGAGUCCAUAAAGGACUGGCAGGACGCCAUUGCACGACUUAUCAAUUGCACAUCUUUCAAGGUGUACGAGACGCCCGAGGUCCGCCACUGGUCGACAGUACGCACAACACCGGAGUGGUCUCGCGAGGACAACCACGACAACAUGCCUGAGCCAGACCCGCGGCUGGAAAACGGGGAGUCAUUCUCGUAUGGCCUAGACCACACCGACGCAUACAUGGUACUGAUAAACGUGAUUCGGGGCGCUAGUAUUCCCGUCGAGAGGUUCGUGCUCUUGCCACCAUAUCUCGACAUGGAUCUCGUCGAUACAGCUCACCUGCGCGACCCUGCUUUCCGCGCCGCGUGGUCGAAUCUACGGGAGUUGGAGAUUGACCCCGGUAGUUGGCGGAUGGCUGGUGAUCGGGAACGCUAUGUAUCCGGCCUUAUCGGACUCGCGAGCAACCUGGACGCCUUGACACUGCACAUGGAUGGGUGCUUGGGUAUACUCCGGCGUCUUGCGACAGAUACCUCACAUACAUUCAAGCUGAAGUCGCUGGGCUUGUGCGGCAGAGCGUAUCUUGGAUCUGGGCGGUCCCUGGCCAAGUUCAUCUGUCGACACCGCGCUACACUCCAGCGUCUAAAUCUUGAGCAUAUUGCGCUGCUGGACGGGGGAGUCGGGUAUCUUCUUAACACUCUGAAUUCUGCACAAGGUCUAUCUGCUCUGCGAUCACUGUGUUUGAAGGGUCUCGAGGAAGGCACAGGGCAAACCGUAGGGAAAAGACUUUCGUUUCCGGUCUUCCGAGCCCUUGUUGACUGGGUUGAUCAGGAUACUGGGGUACACUUCAGGCAUAAGUAUCAACCACGCUCGUACGGUGUCGCGGCGACGUCUACGAUAGAGCUCGAAGGACAGGCUCCUCAUGUUGGUGUUGCGCUGCGCGAUCUUGAGGCAAAGGCGCGUGUUCAGUAG